AUGGAGACCUUAACCAGAGACCAGUACAUCUACAUGGCGAAACUCGCCGAGCAAGCCGAGCGCUACGAAGAGAUGGUCAAAUUCAUGGGCAAACUCGUCGUCGGCACGGCGUCCACCGGCGCCGAACUCACCGUUGAGGAACGGAACCUAUUAUCUGUGGCGUACAAGAACGUCAUCGGCUCUCUCCGAGCGGCGUGGCGGAUUGUGUCGUCCAUCGAGCAGAAAGAGGAAGGCCGCAAGAACGACGACCAUGUGGCGCUAGUCAAGGACUACAGAUCGAAGAGUCAUCUUGAGUUGAGUGGUAUGAGUGGUUAUAGGUAA